CAUUUGAGAGACGGAUCCAUAAUACACCACUAAUAUUCGAAUAUUGGUAAGAAGAAGGAAAGAUAAGUAUUGGACAUAGACUAAAUUAGGUAAAUGUUAUGCUUGAAACAAUUUCAAAAGGUAAUGUUCUAUCUUUAAGGUAAGGUUGAGUCUCUCAAAAGAUACAAAAGGUAAGAAUUAGGAAAAAGUAUCAAAAACGAAACAGAAAAUACCAACAAUACUGAGUAAUUAAUCAAUUCUAUUAAAAGUCUAUCUUACCAAAUCGUGAAAACGACUCGUUUUAAACGAACCAACUGUUUCCAUAAGAAAAUUGGCCCUAAAACCAAACCGUCUUCUGCAAACUGAUCCUUGAACCAGCAAUAACAAAGCCUUACUUUCGCCGUUGUAAUGCUUUCAUUCAUAUUCAAAACCUGUCAACCUUGGUAAUCAUUUCGACGUUCUGUUGGUUUCGCCGAACUGUCAGUAAGAACUGUCAUUGCUGUUUACACAAGACUCACUGUCUGAAUAACAAGCGUACAGAAAAUCUCCAUCAUUAUAGGAUUGGCAUUUUCAUAAAUAAUUGAGUGAAGUGUGAAAAAGAUGUUAGACGGUUGGUACUGUAGAUCAAUGGCAAAUCAAAAUGCAACGCAAAACAACGACAACGACGAUGAUAACGAGCCAAAUGUCGUCGAUGACUCCGAUGAAAGUCAAGAGGAUAUUCCAGUGGCUCGUUUGAUGCCUCGCAUCGACUACAAAGCCCAAUACACCGCACUGAAAAAGAAACUCAAAUUUUUGCUUUAUGAAAAUGAAUUCUUUCAAGAUGCGUUGCGUUCAAGUCAACGCCGCCUGCUCAAAGUAACGAGAGAUCGUUCAUUUCUACUUGAUCGAUUGUUACAGUAUGAGAAACCCGAAAAUUCUGAGUCUGACAGUGACGAUGAUACCGAAUCAUCAGAAGAUGACGGCAAUCGCACCGAAAAUGUUAGGAAGCGAAAAAAUAGUGCAUCGAAUGCGACUCAAAAUAAAAACGCCAACCCACCGAAACGACGGAAACAAACGCAGAAGAAAGUCGGACGACCGUCUGCUGUCAUCAACACAGACACAAUUACCGAUGGCCACAUGACCGCCGAAGAGGUUGAACGGCAUUUACAAUCGAAGCAAUCGCUCAUCGGCAUGGUUCCAGAGGCACCGGCAACUGUGCCCACCGAAAUGUUCAGCAAUGAACCGUCACUGGAUAGUGAAUCAAAUCUGGCCGAUACAUCGCCGAAUAGUAUUUUGGGUGAAGAUAUUGGAAGCAUUGAAUUGGGCAAUACUCAUGAAUGAAAAAUCAAGUGUAUAUGUUUUUUUUUUUAUAGAAACUCUUUUCAUUAAGUAGUCUCAGUCUAGUUUAAAAGAUUCAUUUUCGAAUUUAAUUUACACGUAUUUCUCAUUUUCCUCCCAGAAUGUAUGGAGAACUUAAUAACAAUUUAUCUUGUCUACAUUUAUGAACAAUAAACCGAUAUUUCAUGACUUUUACAAAUAGA